AUGUCUCUGCCCACUACCCAGAAAGCGGUCGUCAUCCAGGGCCCAGGGGUGGCCAAAGUCGUGGCUGACCGACCCAUCCCCAAGCUCCGCGAUGGCUUCAUCCUGGUCAAGACGGCGGCGGUUGGCCUCAACCCCACAGACUGGAAACACAUCGACCACAUGAUCAAGGAGGCCGGCCCCGUAGUCGGCUGCGACUACGCGGGCGUCGUCGAGGCCGUCGGGCCGGGCGUCACCAAACCCUUCAAAAAGGGCGACCGCAUCUGCGGCAUCGCACACGGCAGCAACGCCGUCCAGCACGAGGACGGCACCUUUGCCGAGUACAUCGUCGUCAAGGGCGACGUGCAGAUCAAGAUCCCCGACAACCUGAGCUUCGAGGACGCGGCCACGCUCGGCGUCAGCGUCACCACGGUCGCGCAGAGCUUAUACCAGGGCCUGGGUCUUGCUCUGCCCUCGGCGCCCGCCCGGGACGCUGCCCCCGUCCUCAUCUACGGAGGGAGCACGGCAACCGGCAUCCUUGCCAUCCAGUACGCCAAGCUGUCCGGGUACAAGGUCGUGACUACGUGCUCCCCGCGCAACAACGACCUGGUCGAGGCUCUCGGCGCCGACGCCGUCUUCGACUACAACGACCCGGAGUGCGCGGCCAAGAUCCGCGCCUACACGAACGACUCGCUUGCCGUGGCGCUGGACACAAUCUCCCUGCCUGAAUCGGCCGAGAUUUGCGAGGGGGCGUUGGCGUCGUCGCCGCCGCCGGGGACUACCCUCCGGUACCAUGCUCUUCUCCCCGCGACGACGGCCCGGAGUGACGUUACGGACACGCGGUCCCUGGCUUACACGGCAAUGGGGGAGGCGUGGAGCUUUAAGGGCGAGCCGCAACCCGUUGUCAGGGAGGACUUUGAGUACGCCGUCAAGUUUUGGGACUUGUCGCGAGAGCUGCUCGCGUCGGGGAAGCUCAAGGUCCCGCCGGUGCAGCUGGGACGAGGGCUGGACGGCGUGCUGGACGGUCUGCAGGCUUUGAGGGAGAACAAGGUCAGCGGGAAGAAGCUCGUGUACACGGUGUAA